CAGGCCCUGGGGGCUCCCCGAAGGAUAGGGUGACGGAUGCAGGAAGGUUCCGAGGGAGAUGGGAAAGUGGGGUCCCAGACCUUUGGAGAUCUUCGGCCCAAAAAUAUUUCAUUGUUGAGAGUUAAAGGAUUGCCAACUUCCUAAACAGAGUGGAGACUUCGGCGUGUAGGUGGUCCGUAAUGAGAAUGGAAAACCCCUAAGGAGGGAACUUUGGAAACACCAGGAUUUAACAGGCUGCAAGAACAGUAAGCGUGUCCUUAAGAAGACCAUCUUUCAAAAAUACAGUCACUGGGGGUGAUACUCGAUUCACAAUGGAGGUUCCCCCAGCAGCAAAGCUUGGUGAGACCUUUGUGUUUGAGGAUGGAUUAGAGAUGCAGCAAGAGCUUUUCCCAGAGGAGGACCUGGGGGACCCUUUUCUUCGGGAAAGAGGCUUAGAGCAAAUGGCUGUUAUUUAUAAGGAGAUCCCUCUUGGGGAGCAAGAUGAGGACCAUGACGAUUAUGAGGGCAAUUUCAGCCUGUGCUCAAGCCCUGUUCAACAUCAGAGUACCUCCCUGGUACACAGACCCCAGGACGAUGACCUCUUCAGCCAAGCCUUCCUCCAGAAAUCAGACCUUAGUAUGUGUCAGAUAAUCCACAGUGGAGAAGAACCCAGUAGAUACGAUUGUGAGAAGAUGAGUAGGGUGCAUGCAGGAUCUAAUGAACCACACAGAACUGCGGUACCGGCAAAACCCUAUGCCUGUCGGGAAUGCGGGAAGGCCUUCAGCCAGAGCUCCCACCUUCUCCGGCACCUGGUGAUUCACACCGGAGAGAAGCCCUAUGAGUGCUGUGAGUGUGGGAAGGCCUUCAGCCAGAGCUCGCACCUUCUUAGACAUCAGAUAAUCCACACCGGGGAGAAGCCCUAUGAAUGCCGGGAAUGCGGAAAAGCCUUUCGCCAGAGUUCAGCCCUCACACAACACCAGAAAACCCACACGGGGAAGAGACCGUAUGAGUGCAGGGAAUGUGGGAAAGAUUUCAGCCGGAGCUCAAGUCUCCGAAAACACGAGCGCAUUCACACGGGUGAGAAACCUUAUCAGUGUAAGGAAUGCGGGAAAUCCUUCAACCAGAGUUCUGGCCUGAGCCAGCACCGCAAGAUCCACACCCUGAAGAAGCCGCACGAGUGUGAGCUCUGUGGGAAAGCCUUCUGUCACAGGUCCCACCUCAUUCGGCACCAGCGAAUCCACACAGGGAAGAAACCUUACAAAUGCGAAGAGUGUGGGAAGGCCUUCAGCCAGAGCUCCAACCUCAUCGAGCAUCGGAAGACGCACACUGGCGAGAAGCCCUACAAAUGCCAUAAGUGUGGGAAGGCCUUCAGCCAGAGCUCGUCCCUCAUAGAACACCAGCGCAUCCACACCGGGGAGAAGCCUUACGAAUGUGGUCAGUGCGGGAAGGCCUUCUGCCACAGCUCGGCACUCAUUCAACACCAGAGAAUCCACACAGGGAAGAAACCCUACGCAUGCAACGAGUGCGGCAAAGCCUUCCGGCACAGGUCAGCCCUGAUCGAGCACUAUAAAACCCACACCAGAGAGAAGCCCUAUGAAUGUAACAAAUGUGGCAAGUCCUUCAGGGGAAGCUCACACCUUAUUCGGCAUCAGAAAAUCCAUGCUGGGGAGAAGCUCUAGAAAGAGGAGCUCAUACCAAAGUUUGAAACCCUUUCCCAGAUGGAGCCCACACCCCAUCGCUUUGUCUGUGAGACCCCGCCCACCCCCUGAUCCCAGGGCCAAAAAGAAACGUGCCAACCUAGGUACUCCUGGCCACCCACGCUGACAGCAAGGCCCCCGUCUCACCCGGGCCAGGUGCCCCACGCUCAGCAGGUGUGCGAAGUGGAAGGGAGGAAGGUCAGGAUGGCAGCUGACAUGGAGGUGCACCAAAAAAGAGAGCUGGCCUUCGGUUGUUCAUGUUUGACUCCCAAGCCCAGAAGACCGAGUUUUGCCAUCUCUUCCCCUUUGCCAAAAUCCAGAAGAAUAAACACCAGAGGGAGAAAGUUGAGUUAAACACACAAGAAUGUCAGGUGAACUCUUUUAACAUCAGGCUGCAGUCUGGCACUUUUAUAAGACAGAACUCUGCUCAUUGUCCAAAUUGGCUGAAGAAAGAUGAAUCCAAAAGUAGAUACAUUAGCAGCAGAAUGGAAUCUUCCACCUGGCUUGGGCAUUGGUGGGGACAACCGAAACAGGCUACAGAAGAAAGAGAGGGUCCAGAAGGAUUUGUUCUGGGGCUGGGGGAGAGGGUGGCAAGCCCCUGGCGUGGUCUUUUCAUCUAUGUUCUGGGUUAGAGUAAGGUUGUUCUCUGGCAGGUGGCUCUUUCACAAGAGGGUCCAGGUUUCCUCCCAUGGGCCAGAGGAUGUUUGACACUGCCUCGGACUCAGCCUGGCACAAGGCAUUAGUGCCCUCCAGUGAUAAUCCCCCCACAAGACCCAGGGCUCCCAAGACCAUGGUGUGCCUUGGUCAUCAGCUGGGUCCGUUUAUGGUCUGGUGGCUCUGUGGCUACCUCUCUGCCCUUCAGUGCUGGGGGACAUAGGAAGCAGGGCAAUUCAAUCAGAGGUCCCAGUUCUGCCCCUCCUAUCCAGUGGCCAAGGAGGCUCCAAGUCUCCAAGGCUUUCCCUGUCUGUCUGUGAGAUGGGGAUGGUGGGACCUGGCCUUGUACCUCUGAUGGUGCAGGCUUCUGUUCAGAAUGAAACCACCCACAAAAGUGCUUUGGUGACUGGCAGUUGAACGUGACCCUUGUCCCACACAGAGAUUGGAAAGGCAACCCUGUCUGUUCCCUAGGCGACCAGGCUCACAGCAGGCCCUCUCACUGAACCAGGGCUUAGGCUUUCCUUCACUCCCUCCACCCGGCACCCUGAGCUGUGGAUGCCAUGUCCCAGACAGGGACCCUUCCCAUCCUGAACUUCCCCUAGCAGCAGUGUGGCCAGUGUGACCUGCGCCCCCAUGCUUUGGGCUGUCCUCUUCCCAGCGAUUGUUCCAAAAGUACUAUCGCCUGUGUCCUGCCAAGACCAAUUCAGUCAGCAUCCCCAGAGGAGGGUGUGUUUUUAAAGCUCCCCAAGUGAUUAGAGCAUUCCAGCCAGGGUGUGAGCCCUAUGCUGGGCAUUCAUGCAACCCCAGCAUCUCCCAAAUGUCAGGCAGGCCUGCUUGUCGUGAGCAGAGCUUGACGAUGGCCAUUCUGGCUCAGUCCUUAUGUCUCCCAUCUCCCCAGGAAUGGGCUCAGGCAGUGCCAUGUCUAGCUAGUUGCUAAGUGUUUGUCCCAGGUCCUCAGGCCUUCAUGUGGCCACCAGGAUCCCUUUGGUACUGCCUUCCCCCAGGCUUUUCAGAGACAGUUGGAGCUAUUUUGAAGUUUUCAGAAAAUUGAUGGCUGCAAUCCAAUAAACAUCAUAGUAAUGCUGCCUAUUUCAGCUAAUUGAGGGAUCGGCUUGGCAGUUAUGUAUAGUUUUGAGGAAUAAAAAUGGGCAAGUCAUAAUUGUUACUAAGUAAGUGGGGCUUGGCAGGCUAGAAAUGUCCAAAGGACUGGUCUCCAGCUGGGGGAUCUCAGUGGGAGUCCCAGCCUGGAGAACAGCAGUUGCUCCCAUCCAGCUCCUCUCCUUGUGGGAGUCUGAAAUAUAGCGCCCCCUUCCCCCACCCCAUUGGUCAGGUCCCUUAGAACCUGCUGUGCCAUUGGCUAGACUGGCCUGACUAGGUGGCCCCUGGGUGUUGUCAGCAGGCGGCCUGUGCUGAAGGUCUUCAGUCAUUUACCAUGAGUACAGAGAGAAUUGAGACCCCUGUAUGGCAUGGGUGGGAGAGCGGGUCCCUCCCCCAGAUCUACCUCCUUGGCAUCCCCUAUUUGACCAGGCCUCUCCUUAUCAGGCAGUCAUCUGGGUCCUACCUUUGCUGUCUCUCUCCAUGGGCCUCUGCACACCCCAGCCAAAUUGAUUUUCUUAAAGCAUCUCUUUGCACAUGUCACCACUCUCCUUAAAACCAACCUGCAAGGGCUUUUCUGUGCAUAAGCCCCCAUUUGAGCCAACCUGGUUUGCCCCUUCUGAACAAACCACAGGGAGUUCAUGCCACCGGUCCAGACGCUCUCUCCAUUCCCAGCUUCUCUCCACUCCUUUUAUGUGAUUCUUGCAUUUUAGAAUAUGCACUUUCUCCUCCUACUCCCCCCAUCCUCUCCUUCUUUCUUUCGACCAUUUAUGGAACAUGGGGAAUGAGACCCCCUUUCUAAAUAGUUGACAGGUUCUCACAGAACCACCGUAAGACCAGGUACUUUUUUUCAAAGCGUGAGCAGAACCUAGUCCCUUCGUUCACAUUUCUUCACUGUUUUACGUGUUUUCAAAUCCUUUGUUUUGUUUAGGUUCUUGAACGAUGUAAUAUAAGAGAACAUCCUGGUAAUAUUUUAAUCGCCCUUGGAUUUAGUUGUCAUUUUUGUGUGGUUGUCUUACUUUUUGCCUUCUUAUGAGAGAUGUUGAGAGUUGUAAAGCUCCAACUCUUGAUUUUGUUUACUAAUUGAAUUGUUUUGUCCAAGUGUAUGUAUUCAUGUAUUCUGUCUGCUCUUCCUUUUUUUUUGACUUAGUACGUAACAUUUCUAAGAUUAUUUAGAUGUAGAUAAUUGUAUUUUUCAUAUUUCUACUAAACGUAGUUACUUUGGUCUAUGGCUUUUUCCUUAGCGCUUUUUCUGCACUCUUGUCAGUUUGACAGUGCGAUUUUUCAUUAUUAGGAAUCUCCUUUUGGCCCAAGUGCUAUUUUUUAUAUUUCCAAGUAAUGAAUGCAUAGGUCAUUGCUGUCAUCCAACUGUACUGUGGUGUCAACAUUUCUAAGUGUCCAUAGAACUUCUCUGGGCCUGAAUAUAUGAUCCAUUUUUAUAAAGCAUUUGUGUACUCUCAAGAAAUAUGUUUUUACUCUAUCAGUUCUAUUUGUGAAGUCAGUUUUUAAAUUACUGUAUUCAAAUUCACACCUACUCUAUUGUUUAUAGUUCUUAACCUGGGGUCUGCAGAUUGCCUAGGAGUCCAUGAGCAUGCAGGUCUAUUUUAGAGGUGUUGUAGAGGGAUUGAACAAAGCUGUGUGGCUAUGUCCAUGAAUGAAUUGUUUGGGGCUGGGGGAGGGGUGGGUGAUCUAUAGCAUUCACAACAUUGUGGAAAGAUUCUGUGACCCCAAAGUAGUUAAGAACACUCAUUGACCUGGUCAAAUCCGGGUCUGGUUUUGUGUUUCUUACUCUAUGUAUUUGUUUCACUUUGUUUCUAUUUCAUGUAUGUCGUUGCAAUGUUAGAUGUGCAGUUCUCUCAAAUCCUUUUUGAGAAAUAGGCAGGGUAUCUACCGUGAUAUUUGGAGCAUAUAUAUUGAACAGUAAUAUAUUGAAAAAUUGUG